CGCCCCGCUGUGGGGCGUAGCACGAGCUACCAUGAGCGGCAUGGACCGCGAUUGGGGCGUAAAGUCGGGCGGUGGCGGCGUCGCCUCCGACAUCCAGGCCAAGGUGGACCGGCGCGAGCGGCUGCGGCAGCUCGCUCUGCAGACGGUCGACCUGAUGAAGGACCCGUACUUCAUGAAGAACCACCUGGGCAGCUACGAGUGCAAGCUCUGCCUCACGCUGCACAACAACGAGGGCAACUACCUCGCCCACACCCAGGGCAAGCGCCACCAGCAGAACCUCGCGCGCCGCGCCGCAAAGGAGGCGCUAAACAACCCGACGCUACCGCAGGCCAACAGCAGGACCGUCAAGGCGCGCAAGACGGUCAAGAUAGGGCGGCCUGGCUACCGCGUGACGAAGCAGCUGGAUCCGGAGACGCAGCAGCGCUCGCUGCUCUUCGAGGUCGACUACCCCGAGAUCGAGGAGUCGCUGCAGCCGCGGCACCGCUUCAUGUCCGCCUUCGAGCAGCGGGUCGAGCCGCCGGACAAGGAGUGGCAGUACCUCCUCGUCGCCGCCGAGCCGUACGAGACGGUCGCCUUCAAGAUCCCAAACACAGAGAUCGACAAGGCCCACGGCAAGUUCCACUCGGCGUGGAACGACGAGACGAAGACAUUCACGGUGCAGCUCUACUUCAAGGCGGGCGGGGAGGGCCCGCACGGCCGUCCGCUGAUGCGGCCGCCGCCGCCGCCCCCUCCGCCGCUGAUGGCGCCCUCCUGAGCGGGCACCCAGGGUUG